AUGGCCUGGCAAGAACUUGAUCUUCUAGGCGGCCUACGGGCAGCAACCUCAGGGUCCACGGGCGUUGGCUCUUCCGUGGAGCUCCCUCCCGCGGUAUCGAAAGUUGAGGCUUUCCCGCUUCUGCACGAAAAAGAAAACCAACUGCCUAGUAAUGAACCACUGUUUAAGCAGGGUCCUCACGACGCCUCCUCGUGGCUGGGGCAGCAAUCAAGCACGUCAAACACAGAAGAGCGUUUCUCGAACGCUGCAAGCAUUUUCGCUCCGUACAGGCUCGCAACGAAACGGGACAUCCUGCUCAUAGCUGUAGGAGCAGUGUCCAGCGUUAUGUCCGGAUGUGUCCAUCCAGCGUUUGUUUUGAUUUUCGGGAACCUCAUCAAUGAAAUCGAUUCUGGCCUGGACACCAACUACUACUCGAUGGUCCUAGGCUGGCUGGCAGUGCUCAGCUUUUUUACGUCCUGGGCUGCCACAUCAUGCUUCGAAUAUGUCGCAGACAAACAAAUCGCCAAGCUCCGCGAGAAAUACUUCGAUUCGGUUAUUUCGCAGGAUACAGCGUGGUUCGACACGCAUGAUACUGGCACGGUGGUAUCCCAGCUUGAAGACGGAAUCGUCGCAAUCAGGAACUCAAUAGGGACGAAGUUGUCGAUGCUUAUUCAGUUUGUGAUCGUUGGAGUCGGGGGCCUCGUCGUUGCGUUUGUGCGCAACUGGAAGCUUGCUGGAGUGGCUAUAUUUGGCAUCCCUUUAGUGGUCGGCUUUGGAUGCUUCUUCGGCUGGGCGCUAGAAAAGGCGAAGGCAAAGAGCGCUGCUUCAUAUGGUGAAGCGGGGCAAAUAGCGGAAGAAACUUUACAGUCUUUGAGGACUGUCAGUUCCCUCGGAGCUGAAGACCUGGCGGCACAAGCGUACAAGUCGAAGCUGCUCUUGGCAGAACAGGAGGGCAUCCGGGGUGGUGCUGUGGCUUCUAUCGGGAUCGGAGGCAUGAUGAUGUCGGUCUUCUUGAUGUUCGCCCUCGGUUUUUGGUACGCGGGUAUGCUAGCGGCGAAGACACGGGAGAUGAAGCUAAGUGGUGUUCCUAACGUCCAAGACUUCAAAGGAGGCGAUGGUGUGUCAGUUUUUUUUUCCAUCGUUAUGAGUGCCUUUGCCAUCGGGAACACCAUAUCAAACUCAGCGGCUUUUGCUAAUGCAGUGACCGCUGCCGAAGAUCUGCAACGUCUAAUUUUAUGCAAGAGGGGAGAUGAAAAAGACCGCUGCGGGGUACGGACAGAUGUGCGUCUUGACGGGGAUAUCGUGUUUGAACACGUCAAGUUCGGGUACCCCACAAGGAGGCGACAGCCAGUGUUCUGUGAUCUCAACAUGCGCAUCCCUGGCGGCAAGACCGUUGCACUUGUUGGACUGUCGGGCUGCGGGAAAUCGACAAUUCCGCUGCUUCUGACGCGUCUCUAUGACGUAGAUGGCGGCAAGAUUACGGUUGGCAAUGUGCCCAUAAAGACAAUUGACGUGCGCUGGCUUCGGUCGCAGAUUGGCGUAGUGAACCAGGAGCCGAUUUUGUUUUCAUGCUCAAUAGGUGAAAAUAUACGGUUGGGGUCGCCAUCACCUGUGAAGGACGAGGAGCUUGUUUUCGCGGCACAGCAGGCCCAUGCCGACGGCUUCAUCCAACAGUACCCAGAGAAGUAUGAAACAGACGUUGGUGUCCGUGGAAGCCGACUUUCAGGUGGCCAGAAACAGCGAGUCGCCAUUGCUCGUGCUCUGGUGCGCAAGCCAGCAAUUAUUAUUUUGGAUGAAGCUACUUCUGCCCUGGAUGCAUCAUCAGAGAAACGUGUGCAGAGCGCUAUCGACUCUCUUGUCGCGACAACAAAGGCUACGACGAUCAUAAUAGCCCACCGACUGUCGACAAUCCAGCAUGCGGAUCUCAUCCUUGUUUUAGAACAGAAUGACAAAAAUGGUGCAGUUGUUGUUCAGCAAGGCACCCAUUCAGAGCUCAUGAGGGAGAGGAACGGCCUCUACUACAACCUCGUGCGGUCGCAGCUUGUAGAGUUAAACAGGGAUCAAGAUGAGGCAGAAGUGAAUUUCUACAGAAGCCCGAUUGAAGACUGCAUGAUGCCAUUGGCAAAUUGGUGGGCGUUGCUGUUCCUCAUCUUGGGCGUGGUAGACGGAAUCCUGGAGUUUUGCAAGUUUUUCACAGUCGAAUAUAUGGGGUACAAACUAACAACUUCACUGAGGAGUCGUGCAUUUACGGAGGCCGCACACCAGGAAAUCGAGUUCUAUGAUGAGGAAGGGCAUACGGCAAGCUCUGUCCUUAGCAUCCUUUGCAGUGACGUUCCCCUAGUAAAAACAGGCAGCGCAGGAAACUUUGCAGCUACAACACAGGCGCUAGCUACAAUGGCAGCAGGCAUAGGCCUUGCCUUUUGUGGGGAAGCUAGACUGGCAGCUGUGAUCCUGGCUUGCUUUUGCCUCUUGGUGCCAGCGCUUCUCGUAGACACGCGCUUUGCAGAUUACAAGGCAAACACAGAAACGGGAACGGCGGGCAAGUACGAAUCAGCGAGUCCCGUGGCAAUUUUCAGUGAAGCUAUCAGUUGCAGUCGCGUUAUUGCAACCUUCGGAUUGGAGCAGCGCAUCAAGGAGAAGUACAGGCACGCGGUACAAAAGGAUGUCAGGCGAAUGUGGAGAUCAGCUCUGUCGGUGGGAGUGAUGUGGGGUUUUAGUCAAGGCUCGCAGUUCUUGGUUAACGCUUUAGCUCUCUGGUAUGGUGGCAAACUGGUGGCUGAUGGAUCUACGGAGGCGACAACUAUGAUGCAGACCCUAUUCGCUCUCGUGUUUGCGGCGAACGGGAUUGGCCAGACAGUCCUUGUCGCCACAGACGGGACCAAGGCGAGAGAAGCGGCUAAGCGGCUCUUCUGCUUGAUUCGGGGCGGAUCAAAGAUUGACACCAGAGAUAUGGAAGGCUUUUGCUUCGCCCAGCAAGAGUUCCGAGAUGGCAUUGUGUUUGAUCGAGUGCAGUUUCGAUGUCCAAGCAGGCCUGACGUAAAGGUAUUCGCAAACCUGAGCUUCCGGGUGAUGCCAGGCCAGACAGUGGCACUUGUCGGAAACUCAGGAUGCGGCAAGUCCACCGCCAUUCAAUUGCUAGAGCGCUUCUACGACGUGGAUGACGGGAAUACUGUGACAAUCGAAAGAAGAAAACAACAGCGAGGAGGCCACCGCGGAUCUAUUACUAUCGACGAGGUUGAUAUACGAGACAUCAACGUACGAAGUCUGCGAUCGGUGAUUGCGCUCGUAAGCCAAGAGCCUGUCCUCUUUGACAUGACAAUUGCCGAGAAUAUUCGGUAUGGGAAGCCAAACGCAACUGAUGGUAUGGGACGAGAGUGGGAAGAAGAGGCGCCCUGCUUUCAGGGGGCCAGAAACAAAGAAUUGCAAUUGCCCGGAGACCCGCAGAGGACACCACUCUACUGA